AUAAUGGUAUCGAUUAUGCCAUAGGAUGAAUAGAAAUCGAAGAGUAGCCGUCGAGCUUUGUUGCCCUAUCGCAGCUGAGCUCACCAUCGUCAUCGACUGUGGUCGUGAUUGAAUCCCAACCCCGACAUUCUGUUCAUUCCCGUCAUUGGCUUCCGGAAACGAUGUGCAAGAAAGUCGUCGCUUGCUUUCUGUUCAUUACUCUACAGUGUUCGCCAGUCUCUAGCUCAGCCAUUUCUCGUACAAGUGUGCGGCACUAUGAAGAUGAAAAUGGAAAAGGAAUUGAAAAGACAAUCGUGCAGCGCAGUCAAGAUGAAAACGGAGAAACGAUGAAAGUGGUAAAGCAAACAGUUCACGUCUCUGGCACACUACUAGGACCGAACUCUUCGGAAGAUACCGAAGAAGCAACCGCUUCUGGUCCAGAAAAGGUGAUCUCGGGAUUGCUGACAGGUCCGGAACCAGAAGGCCCACGAAAGGGAGUCUCACCGUUUGUUCCUCCGGCGAGCCCAGAAGAGGGAGCUUCGUCGUCAUCGUCAGAUACGAAAGAGAAAGCAUCGUCGCCGCUGCCACUGCUGCCUGGUCUCGGGAAGGAAACCACCUCCGACGAAGCAACAACGUUUGCUCCAGCCAUACCGAGAAUACCUCAUUUCACUACUGGAUCAUUCAUCAUCGGAUUCUUCCUGGCCAUUCUCAUCGUUGGGGUGGUGUUCGCAGCUGUUCGAAUGUUCCUGAAACGACGUGCCGAACCUCGACCUUACACCGUGUACUAACUGUGAAUAACAGGUCAUAAACCAUGUGUUGUUAUCGAGUAGUGAGACGACUGUGAUCAACUGUAAAAAAUCUAUCAUUUCCAUAUAUCGUCGAUUCGUUGAGCGCACGGACUGAUCGAACGCUGCGGACCACGCGCGGCGCGGUUGAAAUGGUGCGGGAGCACGACUUGUACAGCGGCAAACUUGCACUGGGGCAAGCGUUUUACCCCGCGGCGCGUGCUCCACACUGAUGAGCAGUCCGUGCGGUCAACGAAUGAACUGUAUAAAUUCUUUUUGUAAAAGCAAAAAAAAAUCAAGUGGUUUUUGGUAAGAAUUUUCCCGUAAUUAUUUUCCCUGUACAUUUUUCAUAGAAAAUUUUCACUAUCUGUGGCUUGCCAGCAUUUUCUUUGUAAAGAGUUUCG